AUGUCAACGGGCGAUGACCGCGUCAACAGACGCCCACGUCAACGGACGACGACGACGUCAACAGACGACGAGCACGUUAGUGGACGACGAGCGACCACCGCCACAUCAACGGACCACCGCCACGUUAACAGACGACGACGACGAAGCCAACGGACGACGACAACGCCAAUGGACAACGACGCCAACGGCCGACGACGACAACGCCGCCAACAGACGACAACGCCAACGGACGACGUCGACGAUGCCAAUGGACGGCCACGUCAACGACGACGAGCGUGUCCCGCUCCACCACAUACACACGGCGACGAGUGUUGUCCCUCCCCCUUUUCUUUCCCUCCCCCCUUCCUCCUUUCCUUUUCUCUUCCCCUGUCCCUCCCCAUUUCCAUGUACCCCUUUCCUUUCUCCUCCCUCUUUCUCUGUCUGUCCCUCCUCAUUUCCCUGUCCCUACUCCCUUCCUUUUCCCUAUCACCCUUCCCCCUUCCCUUCCCUGUCCCUACACCCUUCCCCCUUCCUUUUCCCUGUCCCUACACCCUUCCCCCUUCCUUUUCCCUGUCCCUACACCCUUCCCCCUACCUUUUCCCUCCCCCUUCCCUGCCCAUCCCUUCCUUCCUCCACCCCCAUUUAUUUCUGCCCCCCUCCUCCCCCCCUUCCUUUAACUUAGAAUACAGUAAAAUAAUCUUUGUGUACCACUUCAAUAUAUUAGAAUUUGAAUCUAUAUAA